UUGAAAAGUCGGCUAGGUUGAUUUUUGAUUCUGAAAAUUUCCAUUUGUUUCACGAUUUUAAAUAUCUUUGCUGGUACUUUGGAUGUUAUUGCUCUAAGAGCGUCACUCCGUUUCUAUUCACGGACAAUUGUACUUUAAAAUUACUGUGCCACAAUGCCGCCACCUGAUACGAUGUACUGUGCUCAACAAAUUAACAUUCCUCCAGAAUUGCCUGAUAUUUUGAAACAGUUUACCAAAGCAGCUAUAAAAACACAGCCAGAUGAUGUGCUUAAAUGGUCUGCUGCUUACUUUUCAGCUUUAUCAAAAGGUGAAAUUCUUCCAGCCAAAGAGAGGUUAGAAUUAGGCCUACCAUCCACAGCAACGACACAAACCUCUGGACUCUCCCCAGCUUUUCUCAAAGUCCUUCACAAACAACUUUCCCCCCAAAAGUCUGUGAGCAGAGCAGAGUUGCAGGAGAAGUGGAGAGGGCUCUGCCUGCCCUCAGACCAACUGGAUUCACUCUUUUCUCUGGGCAAUUUCGGUGAUGUGGUUGAUUGGAUGGAGUUCUUUGCUCUUGGAUGCAGUGCACUGGGUGGGUCCAUCAUAAGUGCUCUGAAGUGUGCGUGUGAGAUCCUCACUGACGACCCAGAGGGCAGUGCUGCUCAUAUUCCCUAUGAGACGUUUGUGAGUCUAUACACAUAUUUGGCCCGCCUGGAUGGAGAUCUCCCACAGGACCAGAUCAACAGCUUCAUACAGAAUCUACAGGAAGUUGCAGCCAAACAAGAAGGCAUGAUUCAAUUGUCCAAUUUCUCCACCACCCGCAAAAAGUAACUAAGACUUGGGCCUAGUGUAGCUAGCGCACAUGGACGAGGGGACACAGAGGAGGCAUGGUUCUGCCCUCGGACUUUACAAGCCUCUCUGGUGAAAACGCUGAGUAGAGCCUGGUCCUGAUUGGUUGCAGAUGGUCACUGGGUGUAAUGUUUGGCGGCCUGAGGCCACCGCAGAACUCAAUGGUUGAACUGAAUGUGUGGAAGAUGGAUUAUGUUUCAUGUUGUGGGCAUUGUGAUAAAUGCACCCCCCCCACACACACACACACACUUUACUGUAUGA